AUGUCGUCCACCCAACUUAAGGUUGAGGUCGAAAACGCACCAGACUUUGCUGACGACGUAGUCGACAUUCUCAAUUCAGUGCUCGCCGCCAAGUCGACACCCGUCCAAGCCGCCAAGGCCUUGGACUCUCUUUGCACCGAUGAAUCGGACCCGGCAAUUUUUCUUGCGCUUUUUUGGGAAUUGUUUCAUCCGCUAACUCGCCAAAUUCCCUAUGAUAGUCAAGACCAGGACCUUUUGGCAGCUGUUGUUCAGGCGCUUGACGAGUUGCCUCCCAGGAUAGUGACAUUCAAAGCGGGAUGGGGCGAAACUGCUGAUCAUGCUGGCCCUCUCUGGGAGAACCUAAGAGAGACUGUGGCUGCCCAUUUUUACGAUACCUUUGGUGACUCUGAUCUCCCUGUUUCGGGCGAAGGAUACCGAAAGCAGCGGAAGCUCAAUCUUAACGCAUUUGCGGCAAGAGUUACGCCACUACUCAAUCUUUCCACCGAGAUGUACUUUCUAUGGGCCAUGGUCGACGGGCUGGAAGGCACCAUGACGUUUGUCUGGGGUGCCCCAGAUGUGAUAAACGAGGACCCUGCCGCAGUCCACGAAUAUGAUAUCAAGGCUGCUGCGGCCUGGAUGAUCCACGCAGCUCAUGUCUUUUACGGACGAGAUGAGGAGGUUCGCGGCGGUGGAGGCGGCCCGUUGUGGAUGCUUCCUAAGAAAGAAGGAUUGAGACUACGGCGCAAAUACAAAGGAAAAAAUGGACUAUGCCCUCUGAGAUGGCAAUUAUGGAAGGACAGACUCGCUGUCUUCCGAGAUACCGAGGCUUUGGAUGCACACCUUCGAAAAGAAGCCGGAGAUGCGUAUGCUGCCAUGGAAACAGCCGAGACAUUGGCAGAGCCCGAAGACAUAGGAACGGACGAAAAAAAGCACAAUGAGGGCUCAUAA